AUGGCCCUUCUAAGUUUACCAGCUCCAAUUUCACUUAUUGGAUGCAUAGGAUGUCUAGUUUCCUUCAAGCUCAACACCAUGAUGCUUAGGAGGUUACGGAAUCACAUCUUUGAGUCUAUAAGUGAAGAGGUGCUUGCUAGAGUUCACACUAAGGAGACCGCACAUGAGGUGUGGAAAGAGCUCAAGAACAUCAAUGUGGGCUCUAAGAAAGUGCGCGAGGAGCAAUAUGAGUUGCUCAAGGAUAGGCUUAAUGAGUUCAAGAUGCUUCCCUAUGAAUUAGUUGAACAAAUGUAUUCUAGAUUGAAUAUGCUUAUUGAAGAUAUUAAUACUCUUGAUAUUGCUACUAUUUCUGAAGCGGAAAUCAUUCGCAAGAUCCUUCACACGCUUCCAAAGCCAAAGUACAACAUUAUCAAGGCACUUCUCUUCAAGAAAUACUUAAGAACUCUUGAAGUGUUCAAGGUUGUUGGCAAGAUUCGCUCUCAUGAGAUGUUUUUGAUGGGUGAAAUUGAACCAUCUACCUCCAAGAAAGAUCUAGCUCUCAAGGCUAAAGAAGAACCCAAGACCAAGAAAAAGAGCAAGCCCAAGCCUCCUCCAUCCUCAAGUGAAAGUGAAGCUAGUAGUGAUGGAAGUGGUGAUGAUGAAGAUGAGGAUGCUCAACUCGCUCUUAUGAUGAGAAAGACCACAAAGAUGUUGUCAAGCUAUGAUUGCUUGUCAUAUGAUUGCCCUAAGCACGACAAGAAAAUUCACAAGAACAAUAGAAGAAAAGAUGAGGAGGAGGAGGAAGAAGACAAAGACCACAAGUACAAGAAGAAGAAUCAAAGCAAGUCCAAGAUGUACAACAAGAAUAGUGGUGGUGAUCGGUCCUUCCUUGUAAAUGAAUGGCUCACCUAUUGUGAGACAUCAAGUGAAGAAUCAAGUGACGAUGAAGACAAGAAGUUUGCCGGACCCGCCAUCAUGGAUGAUGAAGAGCUGCCACUUCUUCCACCACCUAUGUGCUUCAUGGCUAAAAGUGGUAACAAAGUGAGCAAUGAUAAGAGUGAUUCUUCCGAUAGUGACAAUGAUCUCUCGCCUAAUGAACUUAGGUCGCUUCUUGAGGACUAUAAUGACAUGAUCAAGAAACAAAGGGCUAAAAUCAAGGUUCUUGAAGAGACCUAUGCUAAGCUUAAGCAUUCAAAUGAUGAGUUGCUUAUUAGUCACAAGGACCUUAGCAAUGACCAUGAUGCUUUGAUAGUAUCUAACAAGUCACUUAGAGAUGACCAUGACAAGUUACUUGGUAGGCUCAAUGAAUUGAUUUUCAAACAUGAUGAAGUGGUUGUGCUUAAUAAGUCGCUUGAGUCAAGUUAUAAGAAGCUUAAGGUUGAGCAUGAUAGCUUAAAGGUGAAAUAUCAAGAACUUGAGUUUUCCUAUGAUGCUAUUGACCCUAGUGUGCAAGAAAUUGCUAGAGAUGUUACUAAGGUGAACUACAAAGCCGGUGGAAGUCAUUGGGUUCUUGAUAGUGAAUGCACACCACAUAUGACCGGCUAUGUAAGGAUGUUCACCUCCUUGGAUGAGGAUGCGGGCGAUCAUGAACAAGUUCCCUUUGGUGACAAUUCUAUAGGGAAGGAGUCCAAGGAAGUGGUCUUCAAGGGUUUUAGGCAUGGUAACAUAUACUUUGUAGAUUUUACCUCUCAUGAAGUAAACUUGAUGACAUGCCUCUUCACCAAGACAUCCUUGGGUUUGCUUUGGUACCGACACAUUGCUCAUAUUGGCAUGAGCCAACUCAAGAAGGCUUUCAAGAAAGGAAUGGUGGUUGGUGUGAAGGAUGUGAAGUUCGAGAAGGACAAGUUGUGUAGUGCAUGUCAAGCCGGGAAGCAAGUUGCAAGUCAUCAUUCCUUGAAGGCUUUCUUGUCCACCUCAAGACCUUUGGAGCUACUUCACAUGGAUCUCUUCUAUCCAACCACAUACAAGAGUCUUGGUGAAGACAAGAGCAAGAUCGUUGGGAUCUUCAAGACAUUCACCAAGAGGGCUCAAAAUGAGUUUGAGUCCACCAUAGUGAAGUCAUCAAACUCCAAAGCAUAUAGAGUAUUCAAUAAUGCCACCCGCAUAAUUGAAGAAACUUAUGGUGUGGAGUUUGAUGAAUCUAAUGGCUCCCAAGGAGAUGGUUUUGCUUUUGAUGAUGUAGGAAAUGAACCACUUCGUGAUGUAAUGAAGAAGAUGGCCAUUGGUGACAUCAAGCCAAUGGAGGAGGAUGAAGCUCCCACAACUACUUCCAAGCAAGUGGAGGCAUCACCCAAGGAUGAGACUAAAGAUGAAGAUGUACCUACUACUUCCCAUCACUAUGAUGUCUCUUCCGAUGAAGAUGAUGAACCUGCAAGACAUACUUCAUCCACUCCACCAAGUCAAGAUGAGCCUCCUUCUUCACAAGACAUCCCCAUCACACAGGAAGAACCAUAA